AUUUUACCCUCACUCGUCGCUCUCCUCCCCUUCGCCUCUCGCCGGCCACCACCUCGACCACCUCGCCGGCCACCACCUCGACCACCUCGCCGGCCACCACCACGCCGGCCUAGCGGCCACCAUCACUUCCCGUCGCCGCCAUCAUUCUUCCGCCUCUACUCACACCCGUCGUCCACUCGCACCCUGCUCCACUCACACCCCGCGUCCAAGGUCAAAGUUCAGAUUUUUGCUCCGACGGCGAGCUUAUGGCGAUGGAGGAGCUGGAUCCGCGUGCGCCUGCUUUGGAUCUGGCGACGGAGGUGGUGGAUGCGACGUUUGAAGUACACAUGGGCGGCGGCCUGCUCCCCGCCGCGGCAUGGAGGUCGAGGGGCGGCGCGGCGCCGAGGCCGAGCCUGGUGGUGACGCGGACGACGAACGAGGAGGUGGUGUGCGAGCUGCGGCAAGCCACGCUGGUGAAGGACCUAGGGGCGGCGGGCGCGGGAGGCCAAGGCGGGCAGGCGCCGCUAGUGGCUGGAGCAGCUUGAGCAGGAGGGCACGCCGAGCUCGGCUGGGGCCUCAUGAGUUGGGCGGCAUCUGGCGCCGCAGGGUCAGUGCGCCCUUCGCCGCCCUCCUCGUGGUGUCCGUCCUUGUCCUCGUCGUCUUCACUGGCCGCUUCCUGCAGGGCCCCGACGCUUCCUCGCGAUUCACCCCGGUACAUGUGGACGACUCCACACCCCGGACAGUCUCCUCCACGGACCAAGACUUGGAGACAUCUGAUUCAUCAAAUCAAGAAGGGGAGGGGGUGACCAAAAAAUUGAGCUUGAUGAAUCUUCCAUGGAGGCAAUGGAAGAGCAGAAACAGCCUUAAGAGGACACUCCUGGUGAGCAUUCAGGAAAAAGAACACUUGGCUGAACUUCAGGAAAAGGAUGCACUGAAUCUUACUAGCUGUUGGUGAAGUGUCAUUUUCUCACAAUAUAAGACAUCCGGACUCUAUCCUUGGUGGUCGAGCAGCCUUAACUACGGCUGAAUAAUUAUGUUGAAGCUUGCUGUUGUGGUCAUGCAACUAUUUCCAGGUAUGAUCUAAUGACUCGUCGGAAAGAAACCUGUCACAAAGAGCCUUUUGGCUUAAUCCUCGUUACAUGUGGAAAUUUUGGUAAUACUUUGAAAUUUUGGAUGUGUCCUGGUUGCAAUUUCCUGAAACCAUACAGGUGUAGACUACAAUGCUUUCUAGUAGAAAACCAUUAAUAAAAGAAUAGACAAAUUGUUAUUCUAUUCUGUUCUACAAAAACAGGGGUAAUAGAAUGAAUUGGCUUAUUCACAUUUCACAUUCAUUUUAGCUAAUCAUUCUGCCAUUUAGUGCUCCAUAUCAGUGUGCAAGCUUAGUAGUGGUUUAUUUUCAGUCAUUUAUUUGAAAUGUCAUAGGUCAAGUUGUUUACAUGCUGCCGGAGUCCUCUGCUAGUUAGUGCCGACUGUGAUGAUGUUAACUUGAUAUUGCAUAUGUUUCUUUGCUCAGAACCAUUGGUUAGGACACUACUCAGAACCAUAGGAACAGUAUGUCAGAGUGUGACAGAUUAGGCUUUUGAUGCUUUCCCCACUUCUGCCUUCGAUAUCUUCAAAUACAAAAGUUUGCAGGCUUUGAUCCAUUUGAAAGGUCAACUUAUUUUGGACGACAGUUUGAUCUUGGACAGGUAAGCUAGAUAUUUUCCCCUUCUAACCAUUGAUGGUCAACAGUUAUCAUCCUUACUACUCCCUGGAGUAUUAAGCAGACUAUGGGUCGAAGAGGUGUUCCCCUUGUCAUCCUUUUAUUUGUUCAAAUUGGCCGCUUAAAUAAAUUCACGAGUACUAGUCUCUUCUGUCCAAAUUUUAACGAAGGUUAUGCCCUCGAUCUUAUUGUGCCGACAGAACCAGUUUAAGCAGAGAGUCUGAGUCCGAGGAGCUCGCCCGGAGGAAGAAGAGAUAUUCCAGUUUACAAUGGUUCAGGAGCAGAAAGGAGCAGCGAGCAGCAGCGGCGGCUGACCUCGAGCUCUCGCUUGGAGUGGAGGGAGGCGUCCGGCGAGGGAUAUGCGGCCAGCGGGGAAGGAUUCGGAGUUGCGGCGGAGCAGGCAACCGGCGGGGAAAGGCGGCCGCCGGUGAGGGAGCUUUCGAUCGCGGCGAGGAAGGGCGACCAGAGGGGAUCAGGCUCUCGAUUGGAGCGGCACAGGCAACCGGCGGGGAAAGGCGCCGGAGAUGUGGACGACGGAGGAGCCUGGCGAAGGGGAGGAGCGACGGAGGAAGACGAUGGAGUCCUCGCGGAGGGAAGGAGCGACGGAGGAAGACGACGGCCCGUGCGAUUUCAAAUCGAUGGGUGGGGAAGGGGUAGUUUGGUAAUUUCACUCGUUUUCACCUGGUCGGAAAACCCCCUCCAACGACAAUUAUUUCGGAACGGAGGGAAUAGAAAGUACGACCUCACACACCAUAUCUUACGCGGCUUUCCUCGUACGUGAAACCGUGGUCCGCGACACUCCCUAACGAACGAAUAUUUUGGCUGCCACGGUUUGGACACGCUGAUCGAUCGGCACAUGCAUGCUCUAGUCAUGCACUUGGCUAAACUACAAGCUCACACAACUAUCCUCUUACACGGCUUUCCUCAUACGUGAAACCGUGGCCCAACGACGCCCAACCCAAUGAACUCCCCCACUCCAAACCAGUGUCACCUCACCAUCGAUCCCGGUACAUCCAUGCACGAAACUGGGCAUGCACAGCGGGCCGGCGCCACAUCCGUCACAUGCUCGCGGCUGUGGCUAACAAGAGCCUGCGUGCCUUUAUAACGGGCCGGCGUACCUCCGGCCGAUCACGCUCGAGGAAAGCCGCGUAAUAAUGGACCGUGAAGGCUUCCUCGCCGUCCUGGUGGAGCUGACUCUCGUCUUCUUGGCCGUGUUUCUCGGCUGGUUGGCCGUGGAGUUCCUCGUCCAAUGCUUUUACUUGGCGAGGAAGGUGGUUCGCUGGAUCCGGGGCCGCGGCGAUGGCCUGGCGGUGGGAGGGGAUGGCCAGGCCCAGGCGGCGGCGGGAGGGGCCGGCGCGGCGGUCUGAAGCUCCAACAACGCUGCUAGCUCCUUCAUGGUGCUUACCUCCGGCAGGUGGUGGUCCUCGGCGAUUCCGUUGGCGUCCCGUGGAAGUAGGUUUGCUGUGGAGAGGACAUGCGCCAGAGGACGACGUACGGACGGAAUUGGAGCUAGUAGCAUUCUUGGAUCUGCUUGUACGAGCAGAAAUGGCCAGUUCAUCAUCAGUUCUCUUCUACUUCAUCGUGUGUUGUUUUAUGCAUGCUUUGUGUUUGAUGGUACCUGGCUACUAGUACUAGUAAGUACUAUCUAGCAUGAUUCUCUUCUGCUUGGGACUUUGAGUCUGUUUAAGGAUCUGAAGUUUGGCAUGUACUACGUGUGUAAGACCCUGUUCCGUCAACAACUUGUUAAUUAAUGAUGAAGAAAGAAGUGGCCGUUAAUCUCUUGUAUC